AUGAUGUUCCAUGCUGCCAAAUCAGGACAUGAGAAUUUUUCGGAAAGCACCCAGGUGAUCGCUCCGCUCACUCCAGAGGAGCGUGCCCAGAAAGAGCGGGAAUUGCGCGAUAAAAUCAGAGCUGCUCGCGCUAGGAAGGAGGAGGAGGAAAAAAGGGAACAGAUUGAGAAGGAACGAAGACGUCGUGAAGAGGGAAAGAAGAUGUUGGAAACGAAGGAGAAGCAAAAGGAAAUGGAAUUGAAAGCUCUUGUUGAGGAACGCAAGCGAGAAAAAAGAGAAGAAGAACUGGCUCGACAAAGGGUG